CUCACCCGUCCUGCUGCAUCUCCCACAGAGGCAGCAGCUCCAGAGAGACCAGGACAACCUCUCCGGACCCCCUACUGGCGUCGUUUCUCCACCUACGUGUGGCUGCUGCUGGGAUAUCCCACCCUGGUCAUCGUUCACGCUCUGGCCUGCGUCAUCUCGUGGAUCUUGGUCUUCACCWUCCCAGUCUCCAAGAUGAACGCUCAGACUCUGAGCGUCUUUGUCCUCCUGCCUCCCGAGGACGUCUCCAUCUCCACGAGCUCACACAGAAAGCAUCAAGGCUUUGAGACCAGAGCGCUGCUGUGCUGCUACCACGCUGCGAACUGGUACUACCACAAGUACACUGUUGAUGGGAUCAAUGUAYUUGCUGUCAUYGCUCUGGUAAUUGRAUAUGUUGACAAAGAAAACCAGUUUGCCAGUUCUGAUGUCAAGUUCACCGUCGCGAUCAGCUCCAACAUACCUCUCUCGUAUUAUAUCGGUAUGGGCAUCGCCAGYAUUUCUGCACAGAGUAACUUUGCCGUUGGCGCCGUGGUCAACGCCACCUUUGGCUCCGUCACAGAGCUGACCUUUUACAUCACGGCCUUGCUCAGAGGUCAGCGGGACGCCGACCCCUGUCUGCAGGAGGUCGUUAAGGCGGCGCUGACCGGCACAUUGCUCGGCUGCAUCCUCUUCAUCCCCGUGAGCUCGUUGACAGCAGAUCUUCGGAUUUUCUUUUAUUUCGGUGUUUGUUUUGUUUACCGUCCGUAUCGACGCAUUUGA